GUUGGGAAAUCGUGCCUGCUUCUUCAAUUUACUGACAAGAGGUUCCAACCAGUCCACGAUCUCACCAUUGGUGUCGAGUUCGGUGCUCGCAUGGUCACCGUCGAUGGACGCCCCAUCAAACUUCAAAUUUGGGACACCGCUGGACAAGAGUCUUUUAGAUCCAUCACCAGAUCAUAUUACAGAGGAGCAGCCGGAGCUUUACUGGUUUAUGACAUCACCAGGAGAGAGACAUUUAACCAUCUGGCUAGUUGGUUGGAGGAUGCUCGGCAACAUGCAAAUCCUAACAUGAGUAUUAUGCUAAUUGGGAACAAAUGCGAUCUUGCUCACAAGAGAGCUGUUAGCAAAGAGGAAGGCGAACAGUUUGCCAAGGAACACGGCCUGCUAUUCUUGGAAGCAUCUGCAAGAACAGCUCAAAACGUUGAGGAGGCAUUCAUAAAGACAGCUGCCAAAAUCCUUCAGAACAUUCAGGAUGGUGUUUUUGAUGUAUCCAACGAGUCAUCGGGCAUUAAGGUUGGCUACGGGCGUACUCAAGGUGCAGCAGGAGGCAGGGAUGGUGCAAUUUCUCAGGGAGGUGGCUGUUGUGGUUAAAAAGUCCUUAGGACACAUAUCUGCUGUAAUCUGGUGAUUCAGAAACUACUAUUGCUUUUAUUUACCUCUGCAAAUUGAUGAUACACCAGAAUGUAUAGUUGCGUUCUUUUUUUUUAUCUAUAUUUUUCAAUUUGUCUUUGUUAAAAAACUAAACUGGUGCAUUUGAGAGUGAACAGCCUGAUCUUUAUAAACAAAACAGGCGUUAGCUUAUUUGGAA